CAAAUUUUAAUUUUUACUCGCACAGUUUCAAAUAGAAAGAAUACUGUAUUUCAAAAUUUUAUCAUUUUUUUAUUAUUAUUGUAUAUUCUUAUUUUACAAAAAUUGUGUAACGUUACCAUGAAAAAUAUAGUUAACCUUUGGUACAUGUCGUACUAAACACCUCAAAUAAUUAACUUGAAAUUAUUAUUCGUAUUAGUGACGAAUCCGAUUGAUAACCAUAUUACUUUGCGUAAAAUGCUCUAAACGUAAUUUUUUGCUUUUAAUCUCGUGGCGUUGGUUCGAUCGUGAAUCUACGAGUUUUUUUGUUAUUGAAGAAAUGCAUUUGCAAACGAAAUUCCCCCUUCUUAUGAGAGUGCCUCUAUAUUCAGUAGACUGUGGCUUGUACAAUUCUGAAUUAUAGAAACCAAAGAAAUGCAUUCUCUUGUACUGGAAGACAUUUUCAAGUACUGUAUCUCUCAUCGAAGCAUCUGAAAAAAUAGACACUUUAUUUCUCAUAGCUCUUCUUUUUUUUUUUGUCGAAAGGAAACGCACGAUUUCAACCGGUGGAUAAAUUGUUUCGUUUCUUGGUUGAAGGAGCGGAAUGCCGAUUGAGGAUUUUUGUCAUUCCAGGCCGUGUCGAAAGGAAUCUCGAAGGCGGGUCAGGUAGUGUCGGACAUACGGGCUUUCCAAGCCCCGGAUUUGUCGACAGUGCCACAGACGCCAGCGACACCAACGACGGCUGACGUGCCGCCGGCGUUCGAAAUUGAUGACGAGUUCAACCUCCCGGUGUCACUCGCACUUUUCGUCCUCGUCCUGUAUUUGUUCAUCGGUGCCAUCAUUUUCCAAGUGUUCGAAGGAUGGUCGUUCAUUGACUCGUUUUAUUUCGUCUUCAUCUCGAUGUCAACGAUUGGGUUCGGUGACAUUGUGCCAGAACACGAGAAGUUUAUGAUGGCAUCAUUUGUUUACCUGCUUUUUGGACUCGCAUUGACUUCGAUGUGUAUUAACGUCGUCCAGGAAUCGAUUUCCAGUGCUUUCAGCGACGCGUCAGAAAAGCUUCGUGCUGCCAUAGGGAUGAAUUUGGAAGCCAUGGAAGACGAAGACGGGACAACGGAUGACGAAAACCUGGAUGAGGAAAAGGGAACCCGCAAGAAAUCAAAAUCAACAGCACCUUCAAAUUCUCGUCGGCCAUCGAAAGCAGAUUAGUGAAACUUAUGCACGCAACAAAAUUCGCAGGAACACCAUUUGUGCAAUAAAAAAAAAUCACGUGUUCGAAAUUUUUUUUUUUUAGAGGGAGGGCUUCAAAUUUAUUUGGCUACUUUCUCUUUUUUGAAAUGGAGGAUUACCAUCGGGGAAUCCAUUUUUUUACGGAAACGCCCUUCGGACGAACAAAACUAAAUGUACUGUAUGAUGAUCUGUAUUUGAUUAAAUUCGGUUGUUUCGAAAUUAUGCUCAAAUAAAAUUUUUGAAGAACUUUUCAGUGACAAAUGAAUUGAAUAAAAACUUGAAACGCGCCUAUUGUUUUGUGGUCGUAAAGACGACCAUUGGAUAAGUGUGCUGCCGUAUUUUGUAAGACGAAUAAUGAGACAAUGGUGCUAAUAAAGCUUGCAGUUUUUACAAA